UUGAUGUUUAAAUUGUUUUGUCAGUCAACUCAUUGAUUGAAUUAUUAAUUAAUAAUUUUUGUUUAUUUGUGACCAAAAAGUUUGAAUCACUUCUUUAGCUAACAUGAAAUCUGACGAUUCAAGUGUUGGUAAUCUUGAAGAAGAGGCCCGAAAACGAAAGGAAAGAUUAGAACAAAUGAAGAGACGUUUGAACAAUGAAAACAACGACUCGACCUCUGAGGACAACAAACUUGUUUUGCCGAAACCAAUCUUUCGGUCAUAUAAUCCAACGGAUGAAAAACUUAAGGAAAAUUCUUUACCAAAACCAAAGCCAGAAUCAGUUGAAAAACAAAUUGAAGACCAAUUGACUGUCGCUAACAAUCCUCAAGUCUUGGAUGAAGUGGACUUAACGAGUUUAGCGCCGCGUAAAGUGGACUGGGAUUUGAAGAGAAAUUUACAACAAAAGUUAGAUAAACUCGAGAAAAGAACUCAAAGAGCUAUCGCCGAACUGAUCCGUGAAAGGCUUCGCGAGUCUUCUGUAGUGGAUUUAGCGACCGCUACUCAAGACUUGGAAGCGACUCAAAACAAUGUGGACUUCGAUGAAGACUAAUAUUUAAUUUAUUUGUCAUUAAUUUUGUCAUUAUUUUUUCAAUAUA